UUUUUUCUCAGUGUCUUUUCCAAGUUGCCUCCAGCAGAGCUCCGUGCUCCUUUUUACAUCACUGCUGCCCUUCCCAUGUCCUUCGGCUGUGAUGAGAGCAGCAGCACCAUUCCUGCCUGCACAAGCUGUUCUUAAUGAAAGGCAGAGCCAAGGGCGAGACCACAGCCUCCCUGGGAUAGAGAUGCAAGCAGACAGGGAAUGGAGGAAGCAGACAAAGGAGAGGGCGGUAAAGGGGCAGAGUCUAGGAAUGGGAUCCGAGUCAGCUUUUCAAAGCUAGAGCUAAGCAAUAUGAGCUUGUUGCCCAGUGAGCAUUUCUGACUGCACACUGGGGCACUUCUGCCGGGAAGGCCACCUACAUUUCUCUGCUGUCUUUGCCUUUUCAGGGACAGCCUGAUUUGUUAUUUGAUCCUGCAGAAGCAUUUGGUCAUUGGCUCACACUGCAGUGUCCUGAGCUCUGCAAGGAGAUGGAGCCAAGGCAGGAGGAGAUGCUGAUGAAGAACCAGGGAUGGAACCCAGAAAGAAGGGAACAGAAGCAGUCUGGGAGGGAAGGUACACCCUCAGGGGAAAACAGUUUCCAGGAAGGAGGUGAUAGAUUAGGACGAGGGGACACUCCAAGCCAAGAAACUGCAGAGGCCACAAUACGACCGCCAAAUAGUUUUGAAGGAGAAGGUCCUCCUGAGGAUGACGCUCCAAAAGAACAAGGCCUGAGGCCCUCCUUAGAUUACUCAGGUUUAGACAAAGAUGGAAGUCUCAGUUCCCAAGGAGAUGAAAUGGUAAUAUUAAAAAGAGCUACGAAGGAGAAGGAGAUGUCAGCUGCUGGAGAGAGGAGGAGGUGUGAGGAUUCCCUGAUGGAGGAGCUCUCUGAGAUGGUGCAGCGUGUGGUGAAGGAAAGCAGCUGGUGGGAGAGGCAUGGCAUUGAUGACGCUAUUAUCACCGCGAACUUUCUCAUCCUCCCAGUAGGGUUCUUGCUUCUGCGUUCAUACAGUGUUUUUUCUUUCCUGUUGGGCAUCGUUGUCCUCGGUGUGGCACAUCACACAAUAUCUGUGAAGGGGAGCCACCUGGCCAGCCACAAUUCUCUGGUGGAGUCCAAGUCAUGGCGGAAAGUAUUAGGCAUAUUCUUCAUGGAGGUUUGCUCAGCAUUCACGGCAGAACAGGGGUCCUACAACCAUGUGAAGCUGCACCACGGCUACACAAAUGUCAUUGGUCUGGGGGAUUCUAGUACGUGGAAGCUUCCUUUCCUGAACCGUUAUGUCUACAUGUUCAUUGCACCCAUAGCAGUACCUGUUCUCACUCCUUUAGUGGCAAUUGGCUUACUUAAAGAAGUUGGAUUAAAAACAGCCAUCCGGACUGUUUGCUGCAUCUUUCUUGGCCUAUACUCCCAUUACUGGCUCCUGCUCAAUAUCUCAGAGUUCCAGUCUGCGUGGUCUGCUCUCAGCUGUAUGCUGCUCACUCGAUCUUUACUCGCCCAUCCUUACAUCCAUGUUAACAUCUUCCAGCAUAUUGGCCUCUCAAUGUUCGCCCCUGAUAAGAAACCAAAACGGAUUCACAUGAUGAGCUGCGGCGUUCUGAACUUGCCUCGAAAUGCACUGUUGGACUGGUCCUUCGGCCACUCACUCAUCAGCUGCCACGUGGAGCAUCACCUCUUCCCAACACUUUCUGAUAACAUGUGCCUGAAGAUCAAGCCAAUUGUUUCUCAGUACUUGAAAGAAAAAAACCUGCCUUAUAAUGAGGAUUCUUAUCUAUCCCGCUUGACGUUGUUCCUGAACAAAUAUGAGGAACUGAUGGUCCAUGCACCACCUAUUACAGAACUUGUUGGAAUACAGUGACGGCACCUUUGGGGUGCCAAGCAAGGAUAGCCGCAAGGCAAGAACGUUUGUUCUUAGGAUCAAGGAAUUUAGAACCCAAUUUAGGACUUAAUCAAGGGAUUAAGGAGAAAACCAGCAUGUAUUGAAAAACCUUCCAGUUGAUCAAACCAGAAGCAAUGCAACACUAAGGAACUCCAGCUACUACAUGAUGGUUGGAAUGGCAAAUUGGUAGCUCCAAUACUAUAGCAUCAAGAGAGAAAUAUUCAACAGCUUCUAUUUCUUUGCUGCUCUGUUUUAACGUUGCACCUCAACACACUUAAUGUGUUCCUUCCGCUAUUUUGAAACCGCGGGGAGGGAAUUAUAAGGGCUGUUUCAUAUGUUUUGUUUUUUGCCAAGAUAAUUUCCAGAUAGGAAAAU